GCAGCCGGGCCUUGGAAAGACACUACGCCCUGCCCCUGUCCCCUACACACAGUGUCAUUUCAUUACCAACAAGCCGAAAAUAAAAAAAUAUCUUGUCCAGCCAGUUACUCAGAAAACCUGUAGGAGUCACAGCAGCUCUUCUGCCACCAUGAAGGGGACCUUCUUGAACACUGUCCUUGUCCUGGCGGUCUCCGCGUGGGCUGCCUUUGCAGCUGACUUCCCUCUCCCUGCAGGCGAAGGGGCGAGCCUCAAAGAGACGAAGGUUAAAUGCACCAACAAUAUAAAUCACUGCUGGUUCGUCUCCUACAUCAAGCCAAGCGAACCCAUCUGUGGCAGUGACCAUGUCACCUACAACAGCGAAUGCCAUCUCUGCUUUGCAGUUCUAUAUGAAAGGCUUAAAAUAACUAAACUGCAUGAUGGACCAUGUGAGAACUCCUGAACGUGCCAUGGAGAAUUACAGAGCCUGCUGAAUCCCCAGAUGAUCAUGUAAAAUGUAGUGGUUGCUUCUUAAAGUGUAUGCCCUUUAGAGGAGAAUACCCUGGAGGAAACUAACAGUAGGAUCACACUCAUUGAUUAGCUUCUUCAGUAAAUGAUUCUCAGCAGAAAAUCUGGCUGGCAA